UUCGUCCCCGUGUGUCCGCUGCCCGGAGCCGCGGCCCCGCUCCACCCGGCCCCGUGUGCGGGCGCUGCCGACUCACAGCCCAUAACAGUGCGGCCGUGGCUGGACAUCGCUGACGCCGGGAGGAGAGUGGGGGCUGUCCUGAGAUAUGCGCUACUUCAGCUGCCUACACCUUGGUGCUCGGCUUCAGAGCAAAGAUACGAGAGCAUUUAGUUCACAGCGCUCAGUCACCCAUCACAAUUAUUUACAGCGCAAAAAUUGACCAUUUCGGCAGUUUUUACCAGGUAUGAAAGUGCGCAUUUCGUGUGUUAACAGUGUAUGCCGAAAGCUGCCAUGUCCUCCAAAAGGAUUGAGCUGCUCCGUGCGUCCCGAUGACCUUACAUGGUGGUGGGUGGGUCAGUAACAUUCUCUACAUUAGAAUGGUGGGAGCAUCUUCCCCUGAAGGAUUACAGCAGUCAAGAUGGUAGCCAUUACCAAGAGGCGAUAUUUCACCCUGAAGACGGGUCCUGUCCUCCAGAGAUGCUGCCCGACUCGUUGAGUUCCUCCAAUAUCUUGUGUUUCUUGGUCACCAAUUGUGUUUCUUGUUGAAGAUUCCAGCAUCUGCAGCUCCUGUGUCUCUAUUACUGUAGUUUGGAGUUUAGUUUAGAGAUGCAGCGAGGAAACAGGCCCUUCAGCCCACUGAGUCUCUGCCAACCAACGAUCACCCAUAUACUAGUUCCAGUCCACACUAGGGCCAAAUAUUUACAGAAGCGAAUUAACCUACAAACCCGGGAGGACACGGGGCACCCAGAGGAAAUCCAUGUGGUCACAGAAAGCACAUCCAAACUCCGUACAGACGGCACCCACGGUCAGGAUUACAGUUGGGUCUCUGGCGCUGUGAGGCAGCAACUGUACUGAUGACCGCUCCGUUUUAUGAUCUUUGCUCUAGUCUUUGAUUUUGCUCGCCGGGUUGAUUGCUUGCGUCGAAACAAGGCAGACCACUUGAAGGUUGCAAUCUGACUGCAAGCCAAACCAAAGAUCUGAAGAAGGGUUUCGGCCCGAAACGUUGCCUAUUUCCUUCGCUCCAUAGAUGCUGCUGCACCCGCUGAGUUUCUCCAGCUUUUUUGUGUAACCAAAGAUCUUAGAGCUUCGCUAUAAAAUCUUUGAGCCAAACCACUCCCAUUCUUGGCGGGACAGAUCUGCCGCUGAGCGGGAGCUGAGAAGAAACGAAAUCACUGGAGUGGAAUAUUUUUCGCUUAAGGAGUUCAGUAAUUCGCACGGGUAAUCGCAACAGUCGAAAUCCAAAGGCGAUCUAUUUUCCCCCCUUUGAUAAUCGAAGGAUGGCUCUUGAGAACAUUCGACCGAUGAAGACCUCGUAUCCGGACCUGGUGCUGGAUGCAGGCACUGCAGACUUUGGGGAAACGCACAGGAAAAAAAUGAAAGACCAUUCUUUGAAAAAGGAGCAGUGCAGAAACAUAGUUAUAGCAGCAUGUGCUCUUUUAAAUUCGGGUGGUGGAAUCAUUCAUGUGAAAGUGGGGAAUAAGGGUUACAACAAGAUGACUGAUGCAAUUGGAUUAGAUAUUGAACAAGGAAUUUCCAAUUUGGUAAAAAAACCGUCAUUCCUAGAAUUCAUGUUGCAAGGGAGCACCAUGUGGAUUUUUGUGCAGUCUUGGACCAAUAGCAUUGAUGAAGGAAGGAAGUUGCCACGAUUGUGUUCUAUAGCAAGCAAUGUUUACUGUAGGACAGGCACUCAACGCAUUGAAUUAAGUCCCCUUGAAGUGGAGGAUUUAUUCAGAAAUAAACCCACUCUAUCCCAAAGUAGUGAUGAAGAAGAUUCAGAUUCUAGUAAUGGUCCAGCAGCAAAAAAGUCUUAUUUAAUCCCUAAAUGUGGGAAUUCUGAUAUGUUAAAUCAAAAAGAAUUUCAAUAUGGUGACGUUUUUAAUUUCGGUGAGUCUGAACACAUUGAAUUUAAAGCUUUUUCAGGGAAAAAGACAUCAGAGAGGAUAAAAGAAGCCAUUCCGGCAUUAAUGUCUUCCUUUGCAAAUGCAAAUGGGGGGUUUAUAUUUGUAGGUGUCACUGAUUCGAGGGAAGUUGUUGGAUGUAGUCUUGAAGAACCAUAUAGUUUUAUCUCUAACAUUAUCAAAAGAAAACUAAAGAUUGUGCAUAAUUGUUCCUCUCCAAGGGACAUUGAAUACACACUUAAUGUUGCCAGUGUUAUGAAGGGAUCAGGAGUAGUUGGCUCUUUGAUAAUGUUAUAUGUGAAGCAGUCCUGCUGUGUAGUGUUUGCUGACAAUCCUGACAGCUGGACCGUAGACGAUGACCUCGUUAAGAGAAUGGAAUAUACUAAAUGGGCUGAGAUGUUGUUGGUUAAAGAUCCUGAGAUGGAAGAACUCUGUGUGAAUUUUAAGAAUGAAUUAAGUGUGACUGCAUCACCACCGAGUUGUAAGCCUGUGUUUUCAGUUGGAGGGGAUGACUCUGUGGACAAGCUGGUACAAAAGUUCUAUAAAGAUGACUAUAAAUCCGUUUGUGGAAUCAAAACAUUUCCAGAAACGGUCAGUAAGGACCUAUUUCGUGGUCAUCCAGGUUUGGAAGACCUGUUCCCUGGAAGGGAACCUGGAGGAAGAAAGGGGAUUCUGAUAUUCUCCAGAAGCUGGGCUGUUGAUAUAAACUUACCAAAGCACAAUGGUGUAAUAUGUGAUGCCCUGCUCCUGGCCACGGGUGGCACUCCAAUGCUCUAUACUAUUGUCAAAGAAGAAGAUGAGGCAAUAACUGAGUAUUCACGAAACACAGCCAUGUGCAUCAAACAAAAGCUGGUGAAUGUGGGUGGAUAUGCAGGAAAACUCUGUGUCAUUCCUAACAUCCUUCACUAUAUAGACCCUGAAAUGGCUAAACAUGGUAAUGCAAGCUGUCAGCAGCAGACUGAGAAUGUGUUACAAGUUCAGUACCCAUCAAGUUAUGAACACUUAACAAAAAAUGACAUCACAAAAUUGCUUGAAGCAGUCAUCAUUGUCCUACUACAUUUCACAUCUGUCCUAAGUGAUAAAAUUGGCAGUGAAUUUCUCAAUCUACUAUCAUUCCAGCAAUUUCAGAUCCUUCAUUCAAAACACGACAUUGAGAACUGUAAAAAGCUGUUUAUACAUGGUCUUCCUGGAACUGGCAAAACAGUUAUGGCUGAACAUCUCGUCAGAAGAAUUAUCAACACCUUCCACUGUACAGGAGAUGAAGUUCUUUACAUUUGUGAAAAUAGUCCAUUGCAGAUAUUUAUGAGCCGAAGAUUGAAAUGUAUGUGUGUAACAAGGACAACGUUUAUGAAAGAUGAGUUUCCAAAUGUGAAACAUAUCGUCGUUGAUGAGGCGCAAAACUUCCGUAAUGAAGAUGGUGGCAGCUGGUAUAAUAAGGCUCAGGCUCUCAGAACAAACAAAGAAACGCAUCCUAAUGGACCAGGAGUCUUCUGGAUUUUCAUGGAUCAUUUCCAAACUUCCCACAUUUUUCCGACUGGAUUACCAACAAUUGAUGAUCAGGAUCCGAAAGAGGAGUUGACUAUAGUGGUUCGGAAUGCAAAGAAAAUACACAAUGUUGUCCUUGAAAAUGUCAUUAAGACUUUAAAAUCUUGGAUAGAAGGAUCUAGAUUUCUGAAAAGGUUAGCUCAAAGUACCAAAUGCAAUCACUCAAUUGCUGGGGAGGCUGAAAUAAAUAAUGAAAUGACACAAAUGGAGAUUGUCAACCACAUAGCAGAGCAAAUACAAUCGUACAUUAAGGAAGGCUAUGCACCUGAUGAUAUAGCCAUCCUGUGCAGUAAUAAAAAUGAAUGUGAAAAUUACCAUAAGUUACUACAUGUAAAGCUUGAACAACAAAUUGUAAAAGCAGAGAAUAUACUGGAAAAUGCUAUUGUCCUAGAUAGUUUGCGUCGAUUUUCAGGCCUUGAGAGGACAAUUGUAUUUGCCAUCAACCCUGUACCUCAUUCAUCACAGAGCGAACUAACUCCUAACAUUGUGGUCUGUGUGGCAUCGCGAGCAAGGACAAAACUUCAUAUAUUUUAUGAAGUUCCCUUUUGGCUCAAUGCAAAAUAAUUACAUCUGAAGUUGCUUCAGACUCUGCAUUUAAAGGGGUGGGAUAAUUAUUGAUGAUACAACAAGCCAAUUCUUAACAUUUAACAUGGGGGUGGCAGUACAGGGUGGGUGUUGCUUCAAAGAGUGCAGUUUCUAACAGAAUGCAAAAGUUUUGACUUUUUUUAAGAGAUAAGCGCUGUUUUUGGUAUUUUAAUUAAGGCAGGAAUAAAUUAAUAAACGGCUGCACUUGUACGGAGUGUAAUACAAAUUACAAAUACAAAUUUCCAACACUCCGCCCAGCUAAUCAAUAUCAAGCUGUAGCCUUAGACAAUCCACCUCCAAUGUUAGUCAAAUUAGAUUUUGCGUUACUGUUAGUUAUUUUUAGAAUAAAGGACAAAGUAGGAGAGAACUUUCAGAUACCUGGUCAGAAGGCAGCUUUCUUGACAAACAUUUAACACCAAAAUAAAAAUGGGGGGAGCAAGGACAUGCCCAGUUACUACAGGUCCUUCGGUUAAUCCUGAUGGCAACAAAGUUCUUAGAAACUAGUCAAAGUUAAAAUUAAACACCCAACAAAUUUGUUAAUGAAGAGACAUCACUGAUUGUUAAAGGCAAAUAUUUCUUGUCUAAUCUGAUAACAUUUCUUUGGAACAUAGAACAGUUGAGCUCAUGAACAAUGUCUGUGGAAAAUAAUGCCAGUAGGUAAAAGAGAAAGUUGAUGAAGAAGAAUAGCCGAUGCCAUUUACAUGGAUUUUCAGGAGACACGAGAAAGUACAUCCAAAGGCCAGACUGGUUUGGAAUUAAAAGACCAGUAACUGCAAACACAGGAGAUUAGCUGAAGGCAGGAGGAGAGUAGGCAGGAGGUUGUUUAUCAGACUGGAGGAUGAUAGGUGUUCCCAGGAGUUCCAGCCAUAACCAUUGCUUUUAUAUAUCUGUAUAUAGCAAUCAUGUUUAUGCAGCGAGCAGGUGUGAUCUAGCGUUCACUGCCUGUUCGGCUGGUGAAAACGGAGCUAAUCGAGUCUUUCUGAAGGGAAUUAGAUGGGGAUGUGAAUGAAUGAUAUGCAGGAUUAUUGAGAAAGAGGGAGUGAAUGGGACAGAUAGGAUUAUUUUACAAAGAGCAGCAAAAUCUGCACGACCUCUUGUGCCAUUUAAUUUCAAAUGUAACAAAUUUCAUUAUUAAGUAAUUUUUGAUGAUGCCUCUCUCUGAGGAGCAAAGCUAAUUAAUGGGAUUGUCUGCUGUGCUAAAACCAUGUUUUCCAUUGUGGGGUAUAUAUCAUUAGUAACCAUUUUAUCCAAAAAUAUAUUGCUUCCUAAUUUGAUUUAAAUGUUUUUGCUGCUUUUGGUCUAUGCAUAAUGUUAUGUGUCAUCUUGCAUAAUGAACUUUCCAAUCAAGCAUUAUAUUCAAGGAAUUGUGAUUUCAUUGUACUCGUACAUUAAUUCUGAACGGGUGAAUAUGUUAUUGGCUGCUUUAUCUUUCCAUGUUCAAAUAUGUUUGUAUAAACCAAAGGCUUUCAAUAAACUAACUGUUAAUUAUGGCUUGAGGUUGGUUCUCUCCGUGCCGUGAUCCUCCUGAGAUGAACUAAGAGUGAAAUAUUGAUGCUCGAUUUGAGUAUCAGCUGUGAGUAUUCAAAUCAAUUGUUUAUUAACAACAAAUUAGGUAUCAGAGGUCACCAAAUCUAAAUCCUAAUCAGUUGAAAUUUCAUAUUUACCUUGUGAUUCCCUUGAAGAUCUCCGAAUCCCGGUAUCAUCUUUACUCUUCUUCUAAUAGGCACACAUUGGAAUCAGCCUAGGGAGGCACAGUGGUGCAGCGGUAGAAUUGCUGCCUUACAGCGGUGGAGACGCGGGUUUGAUCCUGACUACGGGUGCUGUCUGUGUGGAGUUUGUAUGUUCUCCCUGUGUCCGCAGUAUUCUCUGGGUGCUCCGGUUUCCUCCCACAUUCCAAAGACAUGCUGGUUUGUAGGUUAAUUGGCAUUUCCCAUCGUGAAAUAUUAAUUGAUGAUAAAGAAGGCAUGAUUAAUAUAACUCUUACAAAAUAGAAUUCUGUGAGGUGUUUUUGGUAUGUUCAGGCUGUAGGCAGAAGGUGCUGGGUACACACAGCCUAUCGUAAACUCUAGAUGAUGCGAACAGAUGGCCAAUAAUUACAGUUUAGUAAAAUGGACCCGGGGAGAAGAAAUUCAGCAGUAGAUUGUGGAGCAAUACAUUUUGUUGAGAACAGUGAAGAAGGCAGAAUAAAUUAAUGGGACCAUUUUAAAGCAGAAACCAGGAGCAGGAUUCUAGAUUGUACACAAGUAAAUAUUCGGAUAGACUUGCAUAGAGUGGAUGUUGGAGUAUCUAGGACUAGAGGUCAUAACCUCGGAAUUAAAGGACGUUCAUUUGGGAAGGAGUUGAGGAAUUUCUUCAGUCAGAGGGUGGAGAAUCUGUGGAAUUCUUUGCCGAAGAAGGCAGUGGAGGCCAC